AUGGAACUGUACCGCACGCACAUUCGUGACAUAAUAUGUGGGAGAUCCACAUCAGCCAUUCCUCUUGCAGAGCGAUCGGAGCUGAUAUUCUUGCACAUCCCCAAGACUGGAGGAGAGACAAUCGAGAGGGCCCUCGAUCUCCACAAGAAUCAUCUCCCUGCCGUCGAUCGAGCAAGGGAGUACGCUCGCCCGCAUGUGUCCUUCAGCGUGAUUCGAAACCCGUUUGAUCGCAUGCUCUCUUGGUUUCGGUUUUGUCUUCAUGGAUGGAGGGGACAGCUGCCGGACCCUAAGAAACAGUGUAUGCUCGCUCACCGACUCAUCAAUGCGUUUCCAGGGAAGCACAACGUGAGCACAGUGGGGAGAGCGUUUGAAGCAUGGCUUGAGACCACCUUGGGGUCACCGGAAUGGCUUCACUACUGGAUCUUCUUUCCUUACGCCAUCUUCCUAGGAGGCCCAAACUUGAAGGUGGAUUUCUUAUUACGCUUCGAGCAUCUCUCUUCGGAUUUGCUCGUCCUCGCAGCCGCGCUGCAGCGGAAUGUCACCAUGCUGCCGCAUGAGAACUCUUCCUCAGAUUGGAAGCGAGGAAUGAUUGAGGGUAUGGAAGUAGACCAAGAAAUCAUGACCAUUCUUAGGUAUCACUACUCCCUGAUCUAUACCAGCACAGCCAAGAAACUUGUGGAAGUCUGGUAUCAGAAUGAUCUAACAAACUUCGGUUAUUCUUUUUGA